AUGGGUUCCACAACCACAAAACUCCUUCCAUUUUUGUUUCUUGUGGUAUUGCUCAUUUUUUCUACUGUUAUCAGUGCAUGUGAUGACAAUUGCCAAAAGUCUAAAUCAAAGCAUAAAGACAAACAUAAACACAAAUCUCCACCGCCACCGCCACCGCCUCGGAAGCCCAAAUCUCCUUCACCGCCUUCUAAACCUAAAUGUCACUCGCCACCUCCUCCGCCACCUCCUAAACCUAAAUGUCACUUGCCAUCUCCCCCGCCACCUCCUCAACCCGAAAACCCUCCUCCGCCACCUUCUCCGCCACCUCCGCAACCUGAAAACCCUCCCCCGUCACCUUCUCCGCCACCUCCUCAACCCAAAAAUACUCCCCCGCCACCUUCUCCACCACCUCCUCAACCCGAAAAUCCUCCCCCGCCACCUUCUCCUCCACCUCCUCAACCCGAAAAUCCUCCACCGCCUCCUCCAUUAAUAUCGCCGCCACCUGCUGAGCCGGAAAGCCCUCCCCCGCCCCAACCGUCUCCGCCACCUCCUCCGGCUCCCACGCGAUUCUGCCCGAGAGCUGACCUGGACUUUACACCAUGCGCUCCUUUGUUAGGUAUUGGGUUAAACAACGGUUCUACCGAUGUUCAUUCGGAAUGCUGCCCUCUUUUUCAGGGCCUCACUUUUAACCCUGAUAUCAUCAACUGCAUCUGCCAUGCCCUUAAUACCUUGGGUUACCGCCCUGAUAACAACACAGUUCUCAUGACGGUAACUCCACUUAUGACUGAGUGCAACCUCGGCACCGGAACUUUCGUUGUCAAUGUCCAAAACUGUUACCAAGUUGCCUAGUUUGCUCUUUUUGUUCAUCGCGUCUCCAAAUCUUCUUCAAGAUCUCUUUUUUCUUCUCCAAUUUGUAUUAUUCAUUCCACACGUAUGUUUUGUGUUAAAAUUCAUCUGUAAUAUUUCGUGUUACUCGACGUUUGUAUCAACUACCCUACAAAUAUAUGGAAGUGAUUUUCGUUUUGCU